AGGUGUCACUUGUCACAUGUCACUAUUUCAGCUGAUUAUGACAGCUUGAGACAAUUAUUAAAAUAAUAUUCAAAGUUUUGUUCCUUGUGUACAGAGUUAUUGAUUAUUCUUUCGAUUAAAUAUAUGAAGAAGCUGAAAAUUUAGAAGUUCGAUUCGAUCUCGAAAUACUUAAUAAGAAACAACAAUGGCAGGAAUUAAAAGUUGGUAUGUCUCGCCUUUGCUGGAUCUAUGGGUAUGACGCUCAUCAUCUUAGCGUGCGCUCUUAAUACUUACGCAAGCUGGUGGCCAUUUCUUGUAGUAUUGUUUUAUAUGAUUUCUCCUAUACCUACAAUGAUAGCGAAAAGAUUUUCUGAUGGAUCUGGUUCCGGAAAUUCAUGUAUGGAAAAUGCAAUAUUUCUCACAAUGGGCAUUGUAGUUAGUUCAUUUGCUCUGCCGAUUGUCUUAGCCAGAGUUCCUGUAAUACAAUGGGGUGCCUGCUAUUUGACCUUAGCAGGAAAUAUAGUUGUUUACAGCACUCUUCUAGGAUUUUUUCUCACAUUUGAUAGUGACGAUUCUGAUUAUAACAUGUGGUAAUCUUUUAAGUUUUUAUAAAUGGUUCAUUAAUGCUUUAAGUGUAAGCGAAUUUUAUGUAUUGUAAGCCAGUAGAUUAAUAUAGGAACUUUUAUAGAA